CAGCCAAAACGAGAACGUCUGUACUCCGCCAUCGUACCGGUCCGUACAGCCAGCUGCGCGCGCAUUGACUCGCCUGUUGAUCGCCGAUCGUUCCUAUCCCCGGCCAUCACUAGCUCACUUGGUGUCGCCCCCCUGCGCCUCCGCCUCUCUCGCCUCGUUACUGCCGAGUGUGUAAGGUGCCACUCUGUCUGCUUUGCCUCCCUUUGCCCCCCCCUCACUGCGUUUGUCUAUCCCUGUCUCUGCUAUAGCGACAUCCUCGUCGUGUUGCUUGACCUGCCGUCGUAGCCGACACGCACGAGCGACCGACAGACCACAGGCCAACACGAAAGCGCGCGCCCCCAGUUCCGGCAGCCAGCGUCCCUCCCGCACACGCGCAUUCGACCGGUUCCGAUCGUGGGCGGGCGGACUACUCGGUAAAAGCUCCACUAGAGACCGAGCGGCCACUGAACCAGUACGAGCCCCUCGCAGGGAGCCACCCAGCAAACCAGGGACCCCAAAACGCUCCAAACGUGGCAAGUCCAUUGCUGAACAGCCCAGUGGCAGUGAAGACGUCACUGAAGAGGCCAGUGACUCAGCAGCGAGAAAAGAAGAGGAAGCCAUGCAAGAGGUCUCGGCCGAGCUACAGCAGCAACUGCAGGCGUUGGGGAUUAAUCCUUCAGACGACGUUUUCCGUACAGGCUCGGAGGAGUUCGACCAUAAUGGAUUGAGCUCACCAAUCCCACAGGAAGUGCGCUUCAUGAAUGCUGAGCUACGACGCUGCCCCGUGGAAGGCGUCGGCAUGGUGCUAGCGAUCUUCUCUGGGUCUGGAGCUGUGUACGAGUUCGUGCGUACGCUGCGUAAAUGCAUCUAUGGCAAAGUGAAACACGCCGUGCGUCUGCAGAUGACACCCAAUGGCACGUUCGUGCGCACGCAGUUCGAAGUGGCUAUCAAGGUCAUGAGCAAGGUUAUUAUAGAGGAGGGCAAACUCCAGGAGAACCCGCUGGUGGAGCUUGCAGCGCAACAAUAUCUUUCGGUACCAGGCCAUGAAAAUGUGCUCACGCUGGUAAGACCGAUGCCUGUGAAAAAACUAGCUCUAUCUCACAUGUUAUUUUUGUUUAUGUGCCUGCUUAUCCAGAUCGAGUGCUUGCACGACGCCGACUUCAUCUAUGCUGUACUUCCGUUUUGUAAUGGUGGCGAACUGUUCUCAGUUGUUGAAAGUGGAGGCGCAAUGGAGGAGGCCGAGUGCCGCCAUUGGUUUACCCAAGUUCUCGCAGGUUUGUCUUACCUGCAGAGCCGCUACAUUUGCCAUCGUGACAUGUCCUUAGAAAAUGUGCUACUGGAUGGUGAUACCUCGAAGAUCAUUGACUUUGGUCUGUCUAUUGGUAUCCCUGUUGAUGCGCAUGGCAUGACAUAUUCACUGCCACCUGCUGGCGCGGUUGGAAAAAUCUUUUACAUGCCUCCUGAGAUUUACCGCAACCAAGUUCCCUUCAACGGCUUCUCGGCAGAUAUUUGGUCAACGGGAGUAAUGCUUUUCAUCAUGGUUACGGGUGCUCCUCCCUUCGAGCGUCCGGAUGAUGCGGACCCUCGAUUCCAGAUGAUCGCCCAGGGCCUCAUGAGUGACAUGCUAGACUCGUGGGGUAUGGAUCACGUUUCUGCCAAUGUGCGUGACUUGAUGUCGAAAAUGCUGAUCGUGGACGACCCGUCUCGGCGUCUGACAGUAGAGCAGAUUGCCAUGCACCCGUGGAUCCAGGGCGGAUAAGCCGAGUGCUCGCAACGACCAAGAAUGAACUGUUGUCUCAAAAGGAAGCGUUCCUGAUUGUAUCUGGUUAACAGUGCCGCAAAUGUGCAAACAUCAUCCAUAGUCCGGGGCAUGCUUGCCCUAUUAGCUCUGUUUUGUUACCUUUUAGCCCCAAUCGGAUCUACAGUAGUAGAACACGCCCGGUGGAGCUGGAUGCAUCGAGGGUGGCAGGUUGUGUAGAGCGAAUGGCUGUGUCUGGCUGUUAACUGCUGAAGGGUUCACUGCUGUCCAUGCAGAAGAGUCCUGAACUAGUACAGUCGAAUUGCCUGCAGCAGCUUUUCGCUCUUGAUCUGGAAGAAAAGUUUUAGAGUUGAGUGGAGUAGGACUACAUGUACUACAUACAUACGUGCGCUUGUACAUACCUGCGAAGCUGUCGUACCAGAGCUUGACGUUGGCCUUGUGGUUGCGCCCACGAUUGUGUCGUUGUCGAGCCUCCUGCGAGUCCUCGAACGACUUAUUGCAGUACUCGCAUAGGAAGCGC